GGUGUAAUGUGCACAAACUAGUGAGGUCACAUUCCUUCCUCGUUCACGGAAACCUGUCGCGCGGCUUGUUUUACUUUAAACAGUUAAGAGUUUAGCCGGCUGCCACUCACCUGUAUCCAACUAUACAGACUUAAUCCACUCUUUCUGCCUGGACGUAAAAGCGCAUGUUUGUUUUGUAGCUCUGCUUCUCUUCUGGUCUGUUUGUUUUGUUGUAUCGUGUGGAUUAACACCGGGCUGCCGACAGCUGAGCCGCCGGAGCAGGUGACCGAGCCUGCAGAGCCGUCAGGCCGCUGGAGGAGGCGAGAAGCUGCCGGAGAAAUGUUGUGAAAACAUGAGCGCCACAUGCAGAGAUGUGGACUCUGGUCAUUCUCCUCAGCCUGGGGGCUCUGCACUGCUCAGUCUCCUCCGCUCCUCCCAGCCCCAUCAAUGUCAUCUUCUCCUCAGUGAAUUUAAGGAAUACACUGCAGUGGGUUCCAGGAAAUGGCACACUGGAUGACACACACUUUACAGUGCAGUAUGCUAUCUACGGGGACAGCGUUCAAGACAGCAAAAGAAGACGGGCGCACUGGAGGACAGUACACCGGUGUACGGAAACGGUGCGGCACUGGUGUGAUCUGAGCAACGAGACAUGGGAUCUGGACCACGGAUAUUUUGCCAGGGUUCGGGCUGUGAGCAGAAGAGCAUCAUCCAAAUGGGUCAUGACACGGAGAUUCGAUCCGAAGUUGGACACUACUUUUGGUCCUCCACUGGUUUCUAUCGAAAUUGAGAACAACUCUGCCGUCAUCACUCUGAAGGGUCCAAUGAGAUAUCAGCCUAACAACCACACCCCAGUGGUUUCCAUGGCAACACUUUACCCCCACAUGAGAUACAUCCUCUCCAUCCACAAUACCCAUCGUGGCCAGAUGAGCCAUUUCCCAGUGGUCUCCAGUCCGUACAAAUAUCGCCUGAUGGACUACAAUACAGAGUACUGCUUCUCUGCCAAGGCAAAAUUCCUCUCUAUGCCCGUCCAGUGUCAUUCCUCAGCAUGGCACUGCAUAACCACACCUCAAGACCCUGUGAUUGACCAGCUGAAGAGGGUGGUUGUGGGUAUUGUUGUCCCAUCUGCGUGCAUAUGUAUUAUGGUGGUGGUUGGCUACCUUCUCCAUCACUACCUAGCAGGGAAAGGACAGGAGAGCCCAUUAUUCCUGAAUCAGCCUUCUUAUAAUUGGUCUUCUCUGACGUGGCCCCCCGUGACGUCCUCCCUUGACAUUCAUGUCAUCCCCGUCCUAUGCAGCAUAUCAGACCCUGAAUGGCCCAAGCAGCAGCCACCUAUCGCAGAUUCCCCCCCAGGAUACGCCCCCCAGAGGUCCGAAACACCCCAAGAACCUGAAGGACCCUUUGACGAUGUAUCAAUUGACUAUGCGUUUGUUGGCAGAGCUCCUAUCAAUGACAGAGAUUGGCGGCCUGACGAUGGAGAAGAUGGUAACAGUCUGAAUGGUGAACAUCAGAAUGGCGGAUCAAGAGCAAAUGAGGGGAGAGUUGAGGGCGAUGACUCCACUGGAGUUCACACUCCUCAGAAAAAGUCCUUCCACUCACAGAGGUCCACACACAUACGUUCACAAACACAUGCACAGACAGAGAUGAAUGCACUUACACAGGUGCAGGCAUGUUCACAGGUAAGUUUAGUUCCUCUAACCCAAAUUCAGGCACCAUCACUGUCUUUUCAGGGAGAGGUGGAUAGAGAGAAGGAGGAUAGAGAGUUUCCAGGUUUGUUUAUAAACAGAACCCCACAAAAUGGCCUUUUCCACAUUCCUCUGAAUAUGCAAACAAAGGAGGGAGAAAUGGAGGAUGAAAUUAACCAAAACGUGAGCGUAAGAGCAGAUGGACAGAGCAAUGGCGGUGUGGAGGAAGUAAGUGAGAGCGAGGGAGUACCACUUCUCUCCGCUUAUGCCUCUCAGAACAACAAAGUAAGGUCCUCCUCCCAUGUUAACCAAUCAAAUUACUUACCAGAUGACUAUGGUGUUCUGAGACUGGCCACAGCAGAUGAAAUUGGGAGAGAUGAGGAAGAGGAGGAGGACGAGGAGGGAACUAACUUUAUUGACUGGGAUCCCAACACAAGGAAACUAGUGUUGCCAGACAUGGCGAUGGAGAUCACCAAGGUAGCAGGAUUGGAUGGGUCGAUGCAGGGAGAGAAGGGGGACAGCGGAGUGGUAGGAGAGGAGAUGAGUGCAAUGAAGGGCGAGUUGAGAUUGGCAAAUGUGUUUGUCAGACAAGGGUCAGAGGAAGAGGCAGAGGCACAGAGAACGAGGGAAAGAGGGGAGGCAGACGAUAUUAUCGCCAAAUGGAACUUGGUAAUCUCGAUGGACCCGUAGAUGAUAUUCAUCAAUAUAUUUACCACAUUAUUACAGAAAUGCUUGUCUUCUGCACUUAAGACUUACAUGUCAUGAUGAAAAUAUAAAUCCUUAGAAAAUUGACGGAAAUCAGUUUUAUGUAAAAUACGCAUGAUACUAUGAAAUUCUAAGGUACACUUAUUACUGUUGUAGGGUUUGUUUUUGUAUCUUUGAAUGUUGAUUCAUUAUUAUUAUUUUUCUGUUGAUACUAUUAUUCUUAUCGAGAUCAACAGUUUUAAAUUGGAAUUAACUCUGAAGGGAAAUUAUCGUGCCUAGAGAGAAGUAUUUGCCUUGACUUUGAGCAAGAUCUGUUGAGAUGUAGUCAAUGUACUCUGUAUGUAUUUGUGCUUGAUAUGAAGUCAAAGGUCUUCUGACCUCGUAGCAAACUUUUGUUACUGAUAUACCAUAUGCACCAUGGUCACCAGUGCAAUAUCUUUCAACCCAAACAGAGCACUAAUGGACUGUUGUGGAUCAGUGUCUGUGACAUGAUCUUUCAAAUUCAUUCUUAAAAUAACAAAUUGUGGAAGAUUUUGUGGUCAGGUUGAAAACUCUUUAGGAUUUAGGGUUAGGGUUAGGGUUAGGGUCAUAGGGUUAGGGUCAUAGUAUGAAAGCCCUUAUAAAGACACGUUAUCUUUUUACUUUUGCAGUUUGUAUUCAAUAUUUUGUUUGUCAGUACUCCAUGACUGGAAUAUAUGUGUUUACUUGAUAACACAUCAAGCAGAAGUCGUUGUGGUUAGUUUUGGUCUACUCUGUUCCUGUUUUAGUCCCUGGUGAAGCACUUAAAUUGCUCUUGUUAAACCACCCUGGGACUGUAUUUGUUGGUCUGUUGGCGGUAAACUGGUCCGAUUCAUAACUUAAUUAAGUCCUUCUUUCUUCACUCAGUGUUUGAAGCAUCUGUUUUAUACUACCACACCAUUUUUUUUAUAUAUAUGAAGGAAAUUCAGGUGUUUAGAUGAAUGUGAUGUGCAUCUUUGUGACUGUGCUCUUAUACUGUAUAAUGAAGUAAAAACAACAGCACUGUACUUAAUAUUUUUUCUACUCAAUCGAGUGAUUAUAGUUGCAGCAGUAUACAUUUUUCAAGGUAUACCAUGGUAUGAAGAUAGAUGAUUAUAAUAACACAUAUAUUUGGUCAUCCAUGAUAUUGAAUUUUACAUUCUACAGUAGUGUUAUAAAAAUUAGAAAAGAGUAAAAAGAGUAUUUUACAUUUGUAUUGAGUUUUAUGUCUGACAAAACAUAACAUUUUGUGAAAUUAUGAUAUGGAGUCUGUUCAACCAAAAAACCUCCUCAUUCUGUCAAAGGCCUUUAUAAAUGGUUAUAGCAAUUGUAACAGUUGUGUAAUACCAUUUACUGUAAAAUCGUGAUAUAUCUAAGCUGGUUAUUGUACCUCACACCAUUCUACUAGAGAUUCUAUGAUAGCUGAGAUUGUCAGGAUAGUUUAUGUUGUACGUCUAAAGGUUGUUAGACUUAAUUAUCUACUACUUUCCCUUGUCAAUUCCAUGAACAUAAAUAUUAAUUGCACUUUUGUACCUUUGUUAUUCAAAAGACUGCCUUAUGGAUUAUGUUUCAGUACGUAGCAAAAGAGGAAAUCAUUCUGCUCUUUACUGUUCUUCUUUUUUGUUUGUUAUUCUGUCCACAUGAAGUCAUAACCACUCAAAAUGAUAUAUGAAGGAUGUCUUGAUCUUUCAUUAGAUCCAUACAGUAGUUAUCGGUGUUUUGCUUCCUCAUAGUCUGACCUUGGGAAUUUACUUGGCAGUGAAUUACAGUAAAACCUCUUCCUGUAUACUGGUAACGUGCGUGUAUCCAAAGCCACAGCAAACAUGAGUAAUGAAAGUCUGCAGGUUCAUUCGGUUUCAGGUUUAUGUAAAUACAGAACUCAGGUUAUCUGCAAUCUGAUGAGAAGUACAAUACUGCGUGUGAAGUUUCGUUAAAAUGAUUUCAUUCUGGGAAAAGAAGUCAUUGAUUUUUUUUUUCAUAGUUUUGUAUGAUUUAAGAAUGAUUGUAUAUUCAAAAUAAAAUGUAAUGAUAAAGUCAACUUCUCAACUGU